GUAAUCCCUGUAGAAUUUUGGCCACAAUAGUUUCUUCUUAAGCAAAGUUUUAAUUUCUUGGAGCUGAAAACUUAAGAUGGCAAAGCGCGCGUACGGGUGCCGGCGACCCCUAGCGACGGCCGCCGGCGACGCACACCCGCGGGAGGUGCUGCCGUCUCCACCUCCCUGGUCCUAGGAAAUCGAGUUCAGCCUCUCCCACUGCGGGAACUGUCGGAGGCCGCAUCGGAGAAACGCGCCUCUGUUCGGGUUGGAAACGAAUCUGGGGAUGUGUUUGAAGAGCGGUCAAGUUUGACUCAUCGCUUUCCAAGGACAGUUAGUGCCUUCCAUCUUCAUUAAGGUGAAUAAAGACCUUGGCUGACUUCUGUCCAGAUCGGAUUUUUAAAGGCAUUGUUUGCUUGGGGACAUCAUGCCGCUCCCCUCCCCCGGCAGCCUUUUUGCAAAGGCAGAGCCCAGUCCAGCCUGGAUGACCGAGAUAUCUCUGCUUAGGGACGUAGUUUGUUGGCAUUGUCUGCCGGCUCUUUCUGGAAGGCUGUCGCGAGCUGGGCGCAUGGGGAGCGUCCCUUCUGCAGCUCCUCUUCAGAUCUUGAUGAUAAAACACAUCCCUCUAUUUUAUUGCAUUUCCUAGAAGCUUGCAGGCUUCAAAGAGCGCUGUUGGCAGGAAACGUGAUAGAAAUAAAGUCAGGACAUAAUGUCCCCGAACACCUCGGUCAUCCAAAGCGCCUGCCGAGGCUACCGCGUUAUCAAAUUCGCUUUCAUUUAUUGUCUACUCCACUCUCCCGCCCCCCAGUCAAGAGAGCAAACAGUGUUUCUCCUUUAAAACGAAAACAAGCGCGCGGUUUAACCCCACCCCCUAUCACUGGACCACUGUGGCUAAACUGGAGCAGCCAGUUAGCUGAGAAGCUGCGCGGAAAGGGAGCGCUUGGCCAAGAGCCCUGAUGCUGGUUUCACUACGUCCGCUCCAGCUUUAAUUAAAAUUCCCCGUCCACCCCCCCCCCCCCCCGCCCCAAACAGUGCGUUGCACUUCCAGAUUCUCCUUUGGAUUUCUCACAGAGUUACUGGUGUUAUUAGAUUACCAAUAAUCCAAAGGCCGGCCGGGAUAGAGAAAGGUGGGGGUGGGGUGGGGAUGUGAAAGGCAUUCUCCAAAUCUGGAGCCUGUGUCUAAAGUAGGUCAAUGGGAAGGAGAGGCGGGGCUACAUGGAUAUUGUCGGUUUCUAGCCUUGAUGGAGGGCUCUCUCUAGUGUCAGGCAGCGGUAAAACAUGAUUAGAUUUUAGCUCCCGGAACCACGGGGCUCCUAAUUUCCAAUAAGUGCAUGUACUUAAUUUUAACUUCCCUUCCUAGAUACUCACCCCAUUCCAUAUUAAAUUUCAACCUUCGCUUUCACCUUUAUUCCACCGGGCGAAGGGAUGAGAAAGCCUCAAAGUAAGAUUUUAUGAGGCGGACGAGGCCCAGUCUUUACCUACCGCCCAGACCCCGCCUCCGCCGCUGAUGGGAUGCGCGACGCAGUGAGAGACCACCCGCGGGUUUUAGGAGAGGACUAUGGCCUCAGGGGCUACGUCUUUCGUGCCCCUCGCCCCGGAAAAUUACUCUUGGAGCCCACUACUAGGACCAAUUAGGAGAGGGCGCCCAGGGGUUAUAAUUCCCAGGAAGGCCAUGAGAAAGCUAGGCAAUCCAGGAGCGCGCCCAUGCGCGCGCUGGGGUCAGCGCCCCGGUCCCUGCGCAAUCCUAACCGCGUCUCUACCUGUUUCGGAGAAAUCGGAUUCCGAAAUCCCGAAACCUAGCCAGGUUUGGCCUGGCAGCUCCUAUUCUAAAGACUUUGGGCGGAAACCGAGCUGAGCAGGGUUCCCCUACUUGCCAACGUAGGCGGAAGGGGCUUUCGGUUUGGUUUUGCUCCAGGUCGGCUGGUGCGCACUGGCUGGAGACCCUCAGUCCUAGGGACUCCCAUCUUUCUACUUUGACGCCUGGCCUAUAACCAGCCCCUUAAGGGGAGGGGGGGGGGGCAAGCAAGAAGAGAGAAAGGGGAAAAAAAAAAAGAGAAAAAUAAAUAAAUAAAUGACGCACCAGGCAAACAAACACCAGAAUUAGGCAAUUCUAAGUCCUGAAAUGAGUUUCGGAUUGGACCCGAAUUCCUGGGUUCUGGACCGGCUCUGCUACUCACUCGCGCGACUUUCCCCAUGUAUAAAAUUUUUGUGGGGGAAGGGUUGGACCGCGUGAACUCAGAAUCCUGGAUCGGGCGCCGGCGAGGGAUUUAGGGGAAAGUGUGCCUAUUCCCCGCGAGCCUCCCUGGGCGGCCCCCCCUCCCCGGGUGAAUCCCCGGCGGCCCUCGAGCCGCAGGCAGCGAUCCUGGCGGCCGUCGGGGGCCGGCAGCUUCCUGGAAAGUUACUUCUCGUUGGAAACGGCGAUAGGCAGAGAGUGUUCUGUGAAAUCCGCUGAGCUGAGAUCGACUAUGUUCCGGGAAUGAGAGGGCUGUGCCAUUCCCCUCACUGCCCACUGCCUUGACGGCGUAACAGGAAAAAAAAAAAAAGGCACACACAAUGUUAGCUACCGAAGUGUACGAAACGUUUUAUUUGAAUGUAACCAAAUUAAAGGUUGCCACGAUCUCACCACGGGGCCUCCGACGCGCCUGCGGGGGCUUCGAGGCAGAUGGGCCGCGGCGCCCGCAGAACGCCCGGGGGUGGGCGGUCCCUGGCGGGCAGGUACGGUAAGGUCGGGGUGGGCGCAUCUGCCCCGGCUUGCUGUGGCGCUCAGGGCUCCGGUUUGUGCCCGUGUGAGCCUGUGAGAGGAAGCGCAGUGCCCGCCGAGCGGGAGAGACAGGGAAAGGGUGGAUGGGGGCUUUCGUGUUGGCUCACUCUCUCUCUCUUAACCUGGCUCUCGUUCUUUUCUGCCCUCCUCUCUUGUCUCUCCGCCUUCUCCUUCGGCUGCCUUCUCUUCCCUCUCUGCCUUUUGUACAGGGAGAGGGUCCCUCGUUUUUCUUCUCCAGCUCCUCUGAAAGAUCUGCCUUCUCCUCAAGGUGCCGAAUUGAAAAUCCCGAGGGAAAAGGCAGAGGAGAGAAAGUGUGUGGGUGGAAAGACAAUAUUUAGGUCUCACUUCGUGGUUACUGCGGCUGGGGCGGGGUAGGGGUGGGGGGAGCCCACGUCUGGGCCUUUGCAGUUGUCAGUUUCUCUUUGACAGCCCUGUUCUUUUGGCGGUUGUUUCUGUGUAAUGAGUAUUGUGUGUGGCGUCCAUGGGAUUCCGGCUGAAGCUUAGUAAGACAGAGUUUGUCCAGGACUUUGCUGGAGAUUAGCUUUCAGUCUUGGGCAAGGCUUAUCCCAUGAAGCGUCAGUGGCCUCCCCAGUAAAUCAGGGCUGUUAUAAAGAUCACAGACGAUGAUGGAUGGGGAAGGCCUGAGUGGUCUGUAGGAAACAAAGCAGCUGCUAGGGGUCCUUCCACACUUGCGGCAAAUAGAGGGAGGCAUGGCUUCCCACAUCCACCUUAACACGCACUCACUAGCUGUGAGGUCCUCUAAGAUAGACCCAGCUGAAGAAGAGGUGGGCUUAAUAAGGAUGAGCCUCAGUGUAUGUGCCUUUGUUUUUGACCAAGCCAGGCAGAGGUUUAGGAUGAAAAGUGCCCAGCCCCAGGGCCUGGCUGGCAGACCCACCCCCACCCCCACCCCACCCGCAGGGGGCAGGAGGUGGGAACGUGUUGUUUGUUUGCUUCGAUCUGCAUAUGGAGUGAGUCAUUGCCACUCGUCAAGGUGAAAUGGCAGAUCUGGGCUUCCUGUGGUUCCAAAAAUCUGUGAGUGGAAAUCCACAAGCGAGCUGGUGGUUGAAGCUGGCUAAAGGAGAGCCUUAGAUAUUCCAGAAGUGUUCAGGGAUGUUUUGCACCCGGGGAAGAGAAGACGGUUUGUAAAUGAACCUCUCACGCGUCUCCAGUGUUCUUUUUCAACAAAGACAAUCAUUGAACUUUGGUUAGGACAGUUCAGUGUAUUUCUCUUUGCCCGUCUUGAGUUAGGAUGGGGAGAGGAGGAAAUAGGUUCUUUCCUCUCCUUCUUUUCCUCUCCCUUCCCCCACUCCCUUCCCUUAUCCUCACUCACUCACAUGCACACACUAACCUUGAAGCAAUGGGAUUGAGUGACUGGCACUUGGGACCACAGAGAAAUGUCAGAGUGUUUGGUUACAGACUCAAGGAAACCUCUCAUUUUAGAGUGCUCAUUUGAUUUUAAGCAACGUUUUGGACUGUGAAUCAAGGCAUUGGGUGAAGACAAAAUGGCCUCGCCGGCUGACAGCUGUAUCCAGUUCACUCGCCAUGCCAGCGACGUGCUUCUCAACCUUAACCGCCUGCGGAGCCGUGACAUCUUGACCGAUGUUGUCAUCGUGGUGAGCCGCGAGCAGUUCAGAGCCCAUAAGACAGUCCUCAUGGCCUGCAGCGGUCUGUUCUAUAGCAUCUUCACAGACCAGUUGAAAUGUAACCUGAGCGUGAUCAACCUGGAUCCUGAGAUCAACCCCGAGGGGUUCUGCAUCCUCCUGGACUUCAUGUACACGUCUCGGCUCAAUCUGCGGGAGGGCAACAUCAUGGCCGUGAUGGCUACGGCUAUGUACCUGCAGAUGGAGCACGUUGUGGACACUUGCCGGAAGUUUAUCAAGGCCAGUGAAGCCGAGAUGGUUCCUGCCAUCAAGCCUCCCCGUGACGAGUUUCUGAAUAGCCGGAUGCUGAUGCCCCAAGACAUCAUGGCCUAUCGGGGUCGUGAGGUGAUGGAGAAUAACCUGCCGCUGAGGAACGCCCCUGGGUGUGAGAGCAGGGCGUUUGCCCCCAGCCUGUACAGCGGCCUGUCCACCCCGCCAGCCUCUUACCCCGUGUACAGCCACCUCCCGGUCAGCAGCUUCCUCUUCUCCGAUGAGGAGCUGCGGGAUGCCCGGAUGCCUGUGGCCAACCCCUUCCCCAAGGAGCGGGCCCUCCCCUGUGAUAGUGCCAGGCCCGUACCCGGCGAGUACAGCCGGCCGGCCAUGGAGAUGCCCCCCAGUGUGUGCCACAGCAGCAUCUACUCGCCCAAGGAGGCCGCCCCGGAGGAGGCACGCAGUGACAUGCACUACGGCGUGGCCGAGGGCCCCAAGCCGGCCGCCCCCUCGGCCCGGAAUGCCCCAUACUUCCCCUGUGACAAGGCCGGCAAGGAGGAAGAGAGGCCCUCCUCCGAGGAUGAGAUCGCCCUGCAUUUCGAGCCCCCCAGUGCACCCCUGAACCGGAAGGGUCUGGUGAGUCCGCAGAGCCCUCAGAAGUCUGACUGCCAGCCCAACUCGCCCACGGAGUCCUGCAGCAGCAAGAACGCCUGCAUUCUCCAGACAUCCGGUUCACCGCCGGCCAAGAGCCCCACCGACCCCAAAGCCUGCAACUGGAAGAAGUACAAGUUCAUUGUGCUCAACAGCCUCAACCAGAAUGCCAAACCAGAGGGGCCCGAGCAGGCGGAGCUGGGCCGCCUUUCCCCUCGAGCCUACACCGCCCCGCCGGCCUGCCAGCCGCCCAUGGAGCCCGAGAGCCUUGACCUCCAGUCCCCAACCAAGCUUAGCGCCAGUGGGGAGGACUCCACCAUCCCACAGGCCAGCCGGCUCAAUAACAUCGUCAACAGGUCCCUGACCGGCUCCCCCCGCAGCAGCAGCGAGAGCCACUCGCCUCUCUACUUGCACCCCCCCAAGUGCACAUCCUGCGGCUCUCAGUCCCCGCAGCACGCGGAGAUGUGCCUCCACACCGCCGGCCCCACAUUCCCCGAGGAGAUGGGAGAGACCCAGUCUGAGUACUCGGAUUCUAGCUGUGAGAACGGGGCCUUCUUCUGUAACGAGUGUGACUGCCGCUUCUCUGAGGAGGCCUCGCUCAAGAGACACACGCUGCAGACCCACAGCGACAAACCCUACAAGUGUGACCGCUGCCAGGCCUCUUUCCGCUACAAGGGCAACCUCGCCAGCCACAAGACCGUGCAUACGGGUGAGAAACCCUAUCGCUGUAACAUCUGUGGAGCCCAGUUCAACCGGCCAGCCAACCUGAAAACCCAUACUCGAAUCCACUCUGGAGAGAAGCCCUACAAAUGCGAAACCUGUGGAGCCAGAUUCGUACAAGUGGCCCACCUCCGUGCCCACGUGCUCAUCCACACUGGAGAGAAGCCCUAUCCCUGUGAAAUCUGUGGCACCCGUUUCCGGCACCUUCAGACUCUGAAGAGCCACUUGCGAAUCCACACGGGAGAGAAACCGUACCAUUGCGAGAAGUGUAACCUGCAUUUCCGUCACAAAAGCCAGCUGCGUCUUCACUUGCGCCAGAAGCACGGCGCCAUCACCAACACCAAGGUGCAGUACCGUGUGUCCGCCACUGACCUGCCCCCGGAGCUCCCCAAGGCCUGCUGAAGCAUGGAGUGUUGAUGCUUUCCAUUCGAGUCCCUUCUCAGAAAUCUACCCAAAGGAUACUGUAACACUUUACGAUGUUCAUCCCAUGACGUAGUGCCUCUUUCAUCCACUAGUGCAAAUCAUAGCUGGGCUGGGGUGGGGGGGGAGGGGCGGGGGGACCGGGAGCCAAGGCAGCUCCCCUUCCCCUACUGCCAUAAAACAUUAAGAAAAUAAUAUUGCUUCUUCUCCUAUGUGUAAGGCAAACCACGUCAGCAAACGGCAAAAUCAUUUUAUAUAUCAGAGCGGGGGGAGUAUGCAAAAGUUCUGACUUGACUUGGUCUGCAAAAUGAGGAAUGUAUAUGUUUUGUGGGAACAGAUGUUUCUUUUGUAUGUAAAUGUGCAUUCUUUUAAAAGAAGAGACUUCGGUAUGUUAUCAAAGAGAGGGCUUUAAUUUUUUUAACCAAAGGUGAAGGAAUAUAUGGCAGAGUUGUAAAUAUAUAAAUAUAUAUAUAUAUAAAAUAAAUAUAUAUAAACCUAAAAAAGAUAUAUUAAAAAUAUAAAACUGUGUUAAAGGCUCGAUUUUGUAUCUGCAGGCAGACACGGAUCUGAGAAUCUUUAUUGAGAAAGAGCACUUAAGAGAAUAUUUUAAGUAUUGCAUCUGUAUAAGUAAGAAAAUAUUUUGUCUAAAAUGCCUCAGUGUAUUUGUAUUUUUUUGCAAGUGAAGGUUUACAAUUUACAAAGUGUGUAUUAAAAAAAAAAAAACAACAAAAAGAACAAAAAAAGCUACCGAAGGAAAAAUGUGUAGUUUUGUUCUAGUUCUCGGUUUGUAUAUACCUGUACAACGUGUCCUACGGUGCCUUUUUUCAUGGAAGUUUUCAGUGAUGGACGAGCACGCCAUCCCUUCUGAAGUGUAGGCAGACACAGGGACUUGAAGUCGUCGCUAACUAAGCUCUCUUUGGGAAUGUUUGUCUCAUCACAUUCUGCGUCAUGCUUGUGUUAGAACUACUCCGGAGACAGGGUUUGGCUGUGUCUAAACUGCAUUACCGCGUUGUAAAAUAUAGCUGUACAAAUACAAGAAUAAAACGUUGAAAAGUCAA